GUGCGUUGAUUUCAUACCAAAGUCAUACUUAACAUUCCACUUAUACUGUCAAACGUCUGACAAAUAUUACGGAAAACAACAAGGCGCCAAAACACAAGAAAGUUACUAAAAAGAGCAGCCGGCCUCAGUGAGGAGAUUAGGGAGACUGCCAGAAUAAUAAAGCUCAGACCUGGAUCCAUCACUUCCAGACCUGAGGAGUCCACCAGUUUUACCAGCAGCUGCCCCACAGAGAUACAAAAACGAGCUGGAGGAAUAACUUCAAACUGGUCUGGACUUUUGCAUCCAGAGAGAUCUCCCAUUGAUCUUUUGCUAUUGGGGCUCGGGGUUGGGCCCAGGGGGAGCCGCCACCAUUGCGUCCAACGAGUGGAGCGCCAACGGUAGCCCAGAAGAUGGGCUUGAUGGGGAAAAUGAGGAAAAGACCAUGGACGGGGACGCCGAGGGCGUAUGGAGCCCAGAUAUUGAACAGAGUUUCCAGGAAGCCCUCGCCAUCUAUCCUCCCUGUGGCAGGAGAAAAAUCAUCCUAUCAGAUGAGGGAAAGAUGUACGGUCGCAAUGAAUUGAUUGCAAGGUACAUCAAGCUGAGGACAGGCAAAACCCGCACACGAAAGCAGGUUUCUAGCCACUUGCAGGUUCUCGCCCGGAGAAAAUCUCGCGAGAUCCAGUCAAAGCUAAAGGCGAUGAAUUUGUACUAG